ACCCAAUUAAAAUUUAUAUAUUAAUGAGAGAGAGAAAAUAGUGGACCAAAGACCUUUUCUCUUCUGCUUACUAUUCCUCGGUUUCGAAGACUCUUUUCUUUGUAUCUCUCUCUUUCUCUUUCUUGGUAUUAACCAUCCUGAUAAGUUCAUAUCCUUGUUAUUUGCAGAAUUUUCUCCAACGUUUAUAUGUGCAACUCUCUCUCAGUCUCCUUCAAAGGGUUUUUUUCUAUAAAGUUUCAGCUUCUCAGCCUUUAACUUAUUAAGCUUAAAACCAGGUUUCUACUAUUUUGUAACUUCAAACAUAAGUCCAACUAAGUUUCAAUGAGCAACCUCAAGUUAGGGGUUGAGGUAGUGGGAGCUCACGAUCUCAUGCCCAAAGAUGGUCAAGGUGCAUCGAAUGCUUUUGUUGAGCUCCAUUUUGAUCAACAGAGAUUCCGAACGACAGUGAAAGAAAAAGACUUGAACCCAGUUUGGAACGAGAGUUUCUACUUCAACAUUUCUGAUCCAACCAAUUUGCAUAAUCUCACUCUUGAGGCCUUCGUCUACAACCUUGGCAAGAACAACUCGAAAUCCUUCCUUGGAAAAGUCUGCCUCACGUCGACAUCAUUUGUUCCCUAUGCUGACUCGGUUGUUCUGCACUACCCUCUUGACAAACGACACUUCUUGUCUCGUGUGAAGGGAGAGAUUGGUCUGAAAGUGUUCGUUACAGAUGAUCCAAGUAUAAGAUCAUCAAAUCCGCUUCCUGCCAUGGACCCCCCUGUUAAGAUUGAGGCAAGACAGCCAAAAGUUCCAAAUUUCGUCUCGAAUUUGUUCUCAAAUGAAAAAUCUGAGUCGAGAAACACAUUUCAUCAUCUUCCCAAAGAAAGUCCAGCUGAACAGAAGAGUGUCGCAACUCCUCCGGUUGUAAUUCAGCCUACGCAGAAUUAUGGGUUCUAUGAGAUGAAAUCAGAACCUCAGGCUCCCAAAGUUGUUAAGAUGUUUACAGGCGCCCCACAGCAGCCAGUUGAUUACACUAUAAGAGAGACAAGUCCUUUUUUGGGUGGGGGACAAGUUGUGGGAGGCCGAGUUAUCCCUGGAAACAACAGGCCUACGAGCACCUAUGAUCUCGUGGAAAAGAUGCAGUACUUGUUCGUAAGAGUUGUUAAAGCUCGUGAUCUUCCUUCAAUGGAUUUAACAGGCAGUCUUGAUCCUUAUGUCGAGGUGAAAAUUGGGAACUUCAGGGGAAAGACGAAACAUUUCGAGAAGAAGUCGAAUCCCGAAUGGAAUGAGGUUUUUGCAUUCGCCAGGGACAAUCUUCAGUCCUCUGUUCUUGAAGUAGUUGUGAAAGACAAGGAUCUUGUUAUGGAUGACUUGGUUGGGACCGUCCGGUUUGAUCUCCAUGAAGUUCCAUCUCGAGUUCCGCCAGAUAGUCCUUUGGCUCCUGAAUGGUAUCGGCUUGUGGACAAGGACGGGGACAAGAAGAAGGGGGAGCUUAUGCUUGCGGUUUGGUAUGGAACUCAAGCUGAUGAGGCCUUUCCAGAUGCUUGGCAUUCAGAUGCAAUUGGUCCGACAGAUAAUGCUCCGUCGGCAUUGGCACACAUCCGAUCGAAAGUUUACCAUUCUCCUAGGCUGUGGUACGUCCGUGUCAAUGUGAUUGAGGCGCAGGAUUUGGUUGUUGCAGAUAAGUCGCGAAUUCCGGAUACAUAUGUGAAGAUUCAGCUUGGCAAUCAGAUUCAGAGGACUAAACCAGUUCAGGCUCGGGGUAUGAAUCCAAUGUGGAACGAUGAUUUGUUGUUUGUUGCUGCUGAGCCAUUUGAAGAACAAUUGGUCAUCACGGUUGAAGACCGAACUGGACCCAGCAAAGAUGAGACCCUCGGGAGAGCCGUUAUUCAGUUGCACACGGUUGAGAAGCGAGCUGAUGAUCGGAACAUUCGUGACAAGUGGCUACCUCUGGAAAAAUCUAUGUCUGCUGCCAUGGAAGGGGAAAACAAGAGUGAAAGCAAGAAGGAGAAAUUCUCCAGUAGAAUUCGUGUUCGGGUUUGUCUCGAUGGAGGAUACCAUGUUCUUGAUGAGUCCACUCACUACAGCAGUGAUCUUCGCCCCACAGCAAAGCAGCUAUGGAAAUCCUCCAUUGGUGUUCUUGAACUCGGAAUCCUUGGCGCUGAUGGGCUUCAUCCGAUGAAGACAAGGGACAGUAGAGGCUCGUCGGACACAUACUGCGUUGCCAAGUACGGUCACAAAUGGAUCCGAACUCGGACCAUAAUCAACAGCCUGAACCCGAAAUACAAUGAGCAGUACACUUGGGAGGUUUACGACCCUGCAACGGUUCUUACCAUUGGAGUUUUUGACAAUGCUCAAAUCGGUAGCUCUGAUGGUAGCAAAGACGUGAAAAUCGGCAAGGUUAGGAUUCGAAUUUCAACUCUUCAGACAGGCCGAGUUUACACUCAUUCUUACCCCCUACUUGUUCUUCAUCCUUCUGGGGUGAAAAAAAUGGGGGAACUUCACUUGGCCAUAAGAUUCUCCUGCACUUCGUUGACAAACAUGAUGUUCAAGUACACUCGACCCCUUUUGCCCAAAAUGCACUACAUUAGGCCUCUAACCGUGAUUCAACAAGAGUCGCUGCGUCACCAGGCCGUCAACAUAGUGGCCGCAAGGCUGAGCAGGGCUGAGCCUCCUCUGCGUAGGGAGGUGGUUGAGUACAUGUCCGACGCUGACUCGCAUCUAUGGAGCAUGAGGCGCAGCAAGGCCAACUUUUUCAGGUUAAUGACGGUCUUUUCGGGCUUACUCUCCGUAGGAAAAUGGUUCGGAGAAGUCUGCAGAUGGAAAAACCCCGUCACAACAGUACUAGUACACGCCUUGUUCGUCAUGCUGGUUUGUUUUCCCGAACUCAUACUUCCAACCGUUUUCCUUUACAUGUUCUUGAUCGGGUUAUGGAACUUCCGGUAUCGGCCAAGUAACCCUCCUCACAUGAACACGAGGAUCUCGCACGCAGAUGCUGUGCACCCAGAUGAGCUAGACGAAGAAUUCGACACUUUCCCAACAUCCCGGCCCACUGAUAUUGUCCGGAUGAGGUACGACCGGUUAAGGAGCGUGGCCGGGAGGAUACAAACUGUGGUGGGAGACAUUGCCACUCAAGGGGAGCGCUUGCAGGCGCUGCUCAGCUGGAGGGAUUCUCGGGCCACAACUAUUUUCAUAGUGUUCUGUCUUGUUGCUGCCAUUGUUUUGUACGUGACUCCUUUUCAAAUUCUGGCCCUUAUCUCCGGGUUUUAUGUCAUGAGACACCCAAGGUUCAGGCGAAAGACGCCAUCGAUGCCCCUUAACUUCUUCCGACGGCUCCCGGCAAGGACGGAUAGCAUGCUGUAGAAGGUUGGUUGAAAGUGAAACUGCUCUUCUUAAUUUGUAUAUGUCCUAGACUUGCUAGCCAGUGUUUUUGAACCUUGUGUUUUCUGGGUUAUUGUUUGGGAAUGGAAUGCAUGUAAAACCUUUGUAGUAAUCAAGAUUAUUGGGGUUUAUAUAAAGUUAGAACUGUGUAUCUAGAAGGUCCGGUCUCCGGUGAACUUAUGUUUAGAUGAUCUUCUUGUUUUGUAUUAGUUGUUUAUGUUCUUUUUAGCUGUUAAAAAAAGGCAGGUUUUAUCGGUUUACUGUGUAAAUCUUUAUCUUCAAUAGCAACGAAGAAGAUCAAAUUAUAAGAACCUUUUCAUCUUUCAA